GGAACGGGCACUAGCCACGGUAUGUGGAAUGCGAAGGGACGUCAUUUCUUGGAAUUCGAGACGCUUGUCGUCGUUGAAGAGGAAAGGCAAAGAGAAGGACUAAGACGAUCAAAAUGCCAGGGUCCUCUCUCUGGCUUCUCCUACCCGCCUCUCACCCCCUUUCCGCCGUUCUCCCACCGCUCAUCCAGCAAACUGCCGCUCGCUUCAACUCCCCGCACACAUUCAUCCCUCACGUAACUCUAACUUCCGAAAUUGAUCCUUCCGUCUAUUCCUCUGAUCCUCAAGCCUGGCUUUCCAGUCUCAAAUUCCCCUCCCGAGAGGACGUCCGGGUGAAACUCGGCAAGCUUGAAAGCCAAGAUGUCUUCUUUAAGAAACUGCAUUCACGAGUGGAGAAGGAAGGGGUAAAGGAGGCGGGAAGGGUUGCUAGGUCGGCGGUGGAUGGGUUUGGAGAGGAAGCGAAGGCAAGGGAGUGGGUUGAAGGGGAGUGGAUGCCCCAUUUGAGUUUGCUUUAUCAUGAUUGCCCGAAGGUUGACGAGAAGGGCUUGGCAGAGAUUGAGAAGUUUGUGAGGAAUGCUGGAGUGAAUCUAGAGGGCGAAGGUGAAUUGGGUGGUUGGGUCGGUGGAAGAGUUGUGCUUGUGCCUACGGAUAAGCCGAUUAAGGAGUGGGCGCCUAUUGCCGAGAGGGAGCUGUGAGGCUUCCUUGGAGAGGGGAAAAUGGAACUACAAGCAAACAAGAACGAGCGCAGGCUCCUAGGCUACUCUGGCCGGAACUAUCGACGGUGAUGGCCUCAAUUGGAGCGGACGGGAAGUCAUGAAGAUGUAGAAGCUACGGAGAGCUUCCAGUAUUUCAUUUAUGCGGAAGAAAGCUUCGCCGCUGAUGCUCAUGUAUACUGUAACCACCCAAUGCCGUACCAAUUCAAACCGGUUCAUG